UUAUUCUAUUUUGUUUUUUCAACUUCCAUCAUUGCAAGAUGCUCAUCAUUGCAUAGGUCAUACCAUGUCUUCUGACGAUUUCAUAACAAAUUUUCAUAAUCUCCCAGGAAUAUCUUUGAAGGAAAAGAAGAGAUCUCUGCACAAUUUAUUGAAAAGUUUGAAAAAUGCAUCUACUAAUACUGUCGAUUCAAUCUUACAGAAAUUGAAACCCACAUCAUAUCUUGAAGAAACAUUCAGAAUUGAAAUUCUCAUAACUUUAAAGCGAACUAAUGAUCUUCUGAAUGUACUGAAGGAUGGUAAUGAAAUAGAAGCUUGUAAAAUAAUCAAGCAAAGAUGGUUCAUCGAAGAAUUGACUAACACGUUUACAGCUGACAGAUUCAUUCAAGAUGUAUUUCCACAGUUAUCUCUUUCUGUAAGGACAAAGAUACUCAAGAAAAUAUUAGUUUUCAUUAAAGAUGAAGAAUUCAUCAAGAAAUUGUUUGAAACUUUGUACUCUGUUUAUGGGUGGCAAGUCUCUUCAGUACUACUUACUGGAUGCCCAGAUGAAAAAAUAAAAGAAAUGUUACAGAAACAUCUUUGCUGGCUUUCAACAUCUCAAUUGAAACUACUUUUCAAUAAAAAUCCAUCAUUAGUUACAUUCUAUUUCGAAAUGAUGAAACAAGAAGAAUCAUAUUUGGAUAAUUAUAAAUGGCGUACAUUUUUUGACUACAUGGUAGUAAAAGAUCCAAUUUUCUUUGAGAACUUUUCACAGAAAUUUGACAUUUAUAAAAGAAACUUUGGUAGACAAACUACCAAAAAAUUCCUGAAGAUUAAACAGGAUGACAUUAUGGAAAAUCCUAAUAAGUAUAUUUCAUUUUUGAGAAAUGAUGCUCUAGUUAGAAAAUUGGGGGAUAACUUUCCAGAAUUCUAUAAAAAAGCAUUACCAAAAGAUCUUUACGAGUUUCAGUACUGUAGUGCAAAAUCAUUGUUGAAAUAUUACCGUAAAAGCAAGCAAUAUCAGCUUUAUUUGAAUACCUUUCAAGAAACUUACAAAAAAGACCUUUGGGAGAACUCAGACUACAUGGAUGAAAGAUUGAUUGAGCUCAUCCCUAAUAAGGAAGAAAGAGAAAAAUGGAUAAAGAAAUUUGAAAAGAGAUCCAACUAUGAGAAAUAUAGAGAUGGGGGGGCCUUGGUUAGGUGUGCAAUGAAAUGUAGUGCUAUAGAAUUUGAAGAAGAAGACUACAUGCUUAGUGAUGAUGUGGGAAUUUCUGAAAGGAAGACUGUCUUCAACACAUUAAUAAGCACUUGCAAAUUGAACAAAGAUUAUGAUGCGCUUUUGAACGUACUGAAAUCUUUCUGUCAACGGCAUAGGAAUAGUGAUGUGAGUAUAAUCUAUAACUUUUUACGCUGUUUAUAUGAUGAGCUCGAGAUGAAAAAAUUAACUGCAGAACACUGGAAGUACAUAAAUGAAAUUAUAAAUAUUCAGUUAUUCAAGAAACAAAAAUUGUUCUAUCCGAUUCUGAUUGAGUAUAUAAGAUUCCUUCGUACACAAAAUAAGUCAAUAGAUGAAUUGGUAUUGACUCUCUUGAAAGAAAUGCCUCAAAAACUUGUUGAUUUCAAGUAUGAUGAUGAUGAAUUUGAAAAAUCUCUGCUUGAACUAUACAUCAAAUACUAUCCACAAGUAACCGAUGAUAAAAAACUCAACUUAGCUGUUCAAAUCAUAUUGAGUGUAAUGAAAUGGAAUAAGAAACACUCGAAGAACCCAAUUUACCUUCAUAAUCAACAAAACAUCCUUAAUGACUUCUUGGCAUUGAAAGAUAAGGAAAAAUUAGAUCAGCCACUUUUGAAAGCAUUCAAAUAUUUAAUUUGUAGACAGAAAGAGUGUCAAGAAACUUCAGAUCUAGAUGAGAUCUACUGGCAAAAUUUCAAAAACUUGAGAGAUCGUACUAUCACCAGAUGGUUUCUCAAGUAUAAACCAGGAAUUAUAAAGAAUAAUUUGAACAAAGUUGGGAUCAUGUUGGAAAAUAAGGAUAUUAACUUGGUACGUAAUCUCAAGAAAUACGACCAUAUUGAUAUACCAAAUGAUAUAACAAAAUUAUGCUUGGAAGAACUAGAAAGUGCCGAGCCUUCCAAAAGAGAUCGGGUGGUAAAAAUCCUUGUAUAUUUCAUGUCGUCCCAAGAUUUCCAGAGCUUUUUCCAACAAUAUAUUCCUACUGUUGAUAAAGUGGAUACUGCUGGGGGAAGUGAAAGUGUGAGAAAAUCUUAUGAAAUUCAAUGUGCUUUGGCCAAAUACUUGAAGAACAGAAUAAAUCUCAAUGAUAACCUUCAAGACUUACUCAAAUAUAGCCGGGGGGAUAUUUUAUCUUCUGCUUUACCAUCAAUUUACAGUAGUUUUUGCAGGAUUCCCGAAAAUAAAUUAUAUUCAGCAUUGGAUGAUUUGAGUAAUAAAGCUGUGUCUACAAGGAAACAUGCAAUAUUUCUCACGAGUCUUAUAUCACCCAUAGAUAAAGUCUUGAUGAAAUUCAGCAUAGUCAGGCAAUCAGAAAAAAAUGUAUCUGUGAGACAGCAUAUGUUUCUGAGCUGUUACAAAUAUUAUUUAAGAAAUAACAUUGAUGAAUGUUGGCCUCUACUGAGAGAUUAUAUCGCACAACUAAAAAAAGAACAGAAGGAUAUACUGAAGCUACUAACAAAUGUACAUAAAAUACCAAUAAAUAAUCGUGCUAUUUUCACAGAAUGUGCCUGGGAAAUUUUAAGCAAAGUGAAAAAAGAAGGCGUUAAAAUGGAUGAUAACAUGCAAUCAUUACUGUCAAAUUUGAAUCCAAGUGAUAUCAAACUUUUACGUGAACAGUUUGCUAUGAAUAUCAUUGAAAAUUAUUUGUUUGACUUGGAUGAAUGCUCUAUGAAUGAUACUGUGUUCAAUUUAACAAAUUGUUUUCUGGUAUUGUGUGGGAAUACAGAGAUAAAAGUACGUUUUAUAUUUGAUUGCAUUCAUAAAUUGAAGGAGAAAUUUUGGAAUGAUGAUGAAAAGAAAAUACAUGUGCUAAAAAUAAUUAGUAAGUUUUGUUUUAACAUAUUCAAAUCAAUGCUCAAAAAAGACAAUAAAUUGAAGUAUGAUAAAAACCUUCCUAAACUAUUCUCUGAAGCAUGGAAGAAAGAAUUCACCAUUGAGGAAACAUUUGAAGAGCAUAUUUUCCUUGACUUCGUUAUAAUUCACAUCGCAUCAGAUACUAAAUCUGAUUCACUAUCUAAGGAAAUGAGUGAAUAUUUUUCUGGUACUCUCAAGAAAUACGGAAAUUUAGUCAUUGAUAAUUUCAAGUACUUUUUAACAUUUUUCCUCAGAUUGAUUUAUAAGGGUGAUGAUCAUGAUUUGCAAGUCCUGAAAUUUUUGGAUAGUUUUCUAGAUUAUAACUGUUCUGCAGAACAUUGUGCCUUAGUUAUCGAUCUUUUACCCAGUGGAAACCAUAAGGAAGAUGUUCAAGAAGCUUACAACAAGUUGCUGAAGAAACUGUUGCAAAAAGAUCAAAUUGUACGAAUUUGUUUAUAUGGAAAACUGAAAGAAAAUUCUAUUGGUUAUUAUUAAGAUGAAGUCAAAUUCCCUAUAAGCUUCUCUAAAUCUCUUAGAUAUAACGUACAACUAAUUUUCAUGAUUGAAAUCUAUUAGGACAAUAAAAAUUAGGUCCCAACAAUAUUAUUUUAUGUUAUACAUUUACCCUUAAUAAUAUUUUUGCAAAUUGUAUUUACUAAUUUUAUAACAUCUAUAUAAACAAGUAUACCCCACAAUUAGUAUCAAAUACCUAUAAGGAAAUAUUAUAAAUAUAAUAAAAAAAUUUUUUUAUGUA